UACCUGGUACUCGUACCGGUAGCUAGUCUAGCUCCAAGGAAUGAAUGAUUGAAUCGAAGUCUGUUUUUGAAGGCUUUACCUUUUACCUGAAUGAUUCCAACCAAAAUGCGCCAUGAAUCUCCCCGAAAUUAUAAUGGAGCGGGUCAAAGUCGGCCUUGAACUUAAAAACAUUGUCAAACAUGAUCUCCCUCUAGAUACAUGGUGGGAACCAGCCAACGAGGAAAACCCACGGUUGGCCUACGAGCGCUUUCUGGAUACGACGAGACUGGCCGUAGAACUUGCAUAUACCACUGAAGGUGAUGCAAUCGGCUUAUAUGCUGCCAAAGCGAACGACGACUCGAGGUUGGCAUUCAAGUUUCUGGUUGAUUUCUUGCAACAAGCCAAGCGACAAAGGCGAAUGCCCAGAUGGUGGACUCCACAGCACGAUGUUUGCCUUUUUCGACUGGCAUUCGACGAAAAGGGAGACUUUUACUUGUAUCAUGCAGUGGAAGUUUCGGAUGUUCGGAAAACUUGGGGUUACAGAACCACAAAGCUCCUCCUGGCCCUGGCAACUACAAUUGAUGGCGAAGAUGGAGUGCCGGAAGGUCGUUUCGAUGACAUGCUGAGAAUUGCUUGUGAUCUUUAUCUGGAUGAAACACCACAACGUGAAAAAGGCUACGAAAACGGAGAAGGAAUUCCUUGUCGCUGGGGAGUAAAAUGCAAGAGACCAGACUGCUGGUUUCAGCACCCCAAGCUUGUCUUGGGAGAGGAAACCAAGAGGAGUGACCAGCCACAAUAUUCAACUACCAAUAUGAAAGAUCACAUGCUGGAACUAGUCGGCGAUGAAUUAGAGCUUGAGACUCUGUAUCUUUUAUAUCACCAAUCUUUGGGUAUCGGUGAAAGUAUUUUCUACCAUGUCAGUCCUGCAGAGCAAGCAGAAACACAAAGGAAACUAAAAGAAUCUGCCAGCAAAGGCGAUUCCUUUGCCAUGUAUUUGCUUGGGAAAAUCUGGAAGGAACUGAAAGUCCCCAUGUUUGGGAAGCAAAAAUCUGCCAAAUCGCGGCAUUCCGAGGCCUGCAAACUGUGGACCGCAUCCGCUUUGGCGGGGAACGCCUACGCCAUGACUGGUCUCGCACUGCUACACCGAGAUGCAGGGCACAUGCCCACAGCAGUUCACUGGUGGCAACGUGCUCUAGAACACGCCGAAUUCCCCGAGGCGGCAUACGAUCUUGGAGUGGCAUAUGGCCUAAACGAGACAGUGGGAGCAGAUGCCGUCCCCAACAAGCAGCCAUGUUCUACGCCAUUGUCGCGGAUAUGGAGUUACAGGACAUGGAAGUUGACUUGUCGAGUCCAGAUGACAAGCAUGUCCGUCUUGGGCUCAAGAUUCUACAUGAAAGUCCAUCCAACAAUGAACAACUAGGGUUUCAGAAGUUGGCCAAGGCAAAUAUUCGCACAAUGGAACGAUUCUUGGGGAACCCCAGUGCAGCACCACUGGAGAACAACAAGGAGCUGCCUCCAUUUGUGGAGGAUGAGCAGACUCUCAAUCAAUGCCUCCUGUGUCAAAGGCGCAGUCGUGUGGGAGAAGAGAAUAUGAUGAUUUGCACCAAAUGUGACAGUGCGCCCUACUGCAAUUCCAUCUGCCAACUUGGACACUGGGCAGCUCACAAGCCAGAGUGUAGGACAGCUAGCUACUAGCUGAGGGCAUAAAGAUAAAGAAAAGGUGCAAAAACCUGAGGAAAGGAAACGUCCAGCUCACGCCUGCUGUGUUUCGCUAUGUUUUGCAAUUGAUCCUACAAGUGAGGCUGGAUGAACUAUUGCUACAUUGCGAGACUUUGUCCCCUGGCACAUACAAGAGCAUGCAGACAUUACAGUAAACUAGUGUUAACAGUUGUAGAUUCAGGGAGUGCCAAGUAUAC